CUUCAGAUUCGCAAACUUUCUUUUGAAGUUAUGAUUUUUGUGAGAAAACAGUAAUACUGAACAUUUACCAUGCUCUAAAAUAUCCAGUAUAUGCAACGUUAUAUUUUGUGACACUGUGAGGAUUGCUUAAUCUAUAAAGUAUAAAAUACAUCAUGCAUUGAAUGAGCAUGGAUGACCGAGUGGUCUAAGCGUUAUAAUUUUUUAGAGUUGGAAUGUAAUCAACCGCUUGUCGACAAGCGAUGCAUAGAAUAUUUUACCGAUAGUGUUAAAUGUAAACAGUGGCUUGGUAGUUGAUAUGCAAAGAGACUUUGACUUUCUGUCGACCUGGAUUAAAGAUAAGAGUAAAACCCUCAGCUGAAGCUCAGUCUACACGAAUCGGUAACAAGCGUAUAUAGGAAUGGAUAUCAUAGAGAGUGAGAAGACCGGAAGUGACCCCGAUGGCGACCUACAAGACCGCUUGAAAGAUGUUAAUAUUACGACGAAGACGAGUACACACGUGGGAUGGCAGCAGGAGGCAAAUCUGGGACCUGCGUCAGCGUGGAGUAAGGUGAUCCCCACUGAGGACGCGGACAUCGCGAGCCAGUACCAAGCGCUGCAAUACCACUUAUUUGAGCUCGGGUACCCCGAGACCGUGGAUCGCACCCGCGCUCCCCGGGCCGCCAAAGAUGCCCCCAGCGAGAAGGCGGUGGUGGCUGUGUUACAUAACGCUGGGAAAACUACGUCGAUAUGCCUUGAAGGCGGUCGUCAGGCGCCGGGCACAAUGUAUAUGAUUCUGUCGUCGUCGUGGCUCUCAAAGGUACCGUCUGUCAUCAACCGGGGCCUGUACACCCUUUACGUCCACAAGGCUGUCACGUUUCACGCCGGUGGAACGACCUAUAUUGACGAGUUUGAGCUGCCGAGGCGCGUGACGUAUCUAGUGAAUUAUUUCACGCAUGCGGCAACUGAAGGGCAGAAAAACGACGGGAAGACUAUUGAGGAAAACUUGGACUGCCCAAUGAGCACUUCGCAUAACCUCCGUGACGUCAUCAAUGACCGCAUCUGGUCGCGAAGUGUCCUGCAUUCCGUUGGAAUUACAACGCCUGAGACGCUCGCUUUCUGUUACAAACCAAAACACAGUCUGGUUGCUGUGCCCUCCAAUGCCGUCAUCCACGAGUACGACAGGAAAACCAGUCCGGACUUUGUUGCGAAAGAAGUGUCAACAUUUCUUCAGGAAUUGUCCGAAAACAAACGUAAAAUGAUUAUCAUAAGACAGUCCAAACGAACACAGACGGGUAGCUCGGACGCCUCGGUUUUCAGCAUUGAAGACCUGUCCUGUAUUGUGGACGCGGUGCUUAAAAUGCUGAACGAGCUUCAAGACUCAAACUCCAUACUCGUGGAGGCUUACAUCGACCAUCUGAGCGCCGGAAGGACCGAAGACGCGAAGUACCUGUGGGCCGCGCCCAGCGCGGAUGUUGGCAUAAGAUGUCGAGCGAUCGUGUGCAGAGAUUUUGAUAACACACCCGUUUGCACGCCGUUGAUCUGCAGCAUGAUAAACAAAAACAUCGACAUCAGAGGCGAACACACGGUACCAAUGUCUAUCGAAACCGCGAUGAAAACCUUGAACAUUGUGGACGAAACGUUUAUCUGGGCAUUCCAGACUAACAUGCGCGCGCACGCAGAAGCGGCGCUGCAGUCAAUCAUGGACCACGAGAGCAAGCUGCCAGUCGAGGAGAGGGCGGAACCCGGUGCUCAAACGGACCUCAUUGGCAUUGACUACGUUUUCACGGAGUGUAACGGCAAAGUGACGGCAGUAGCGUUGAACAUUGACACGCACAAGUACAUAACUGACUCCGCAGUGCGCGACAAUUUCAACUCAUUCGCUGACGGAAGGGUCGUAGAACAGAACAGAACUGUGCAUCCCGUGGAUAAAUUGAUGGAGGCAGCCGGACACGAUAUCAGCUAUAAAGAUAUUAGCGUCCGGAAAGUUUCUAAUGAGAACAAAUUCACGUGUGGUGGUUUGGACAGUAUGUCCGUUCGCCCGUUCGUGCGGACGGUUCUGACCAGAUCUCAAUACUUUCUCAUGUCGGGGAAGACAAUACUAGCGUUAGGUGCGGGCGGAUUUAGCAAGAUGAGCAUAUGGACGUUCGCGGAGAAAAGUGGUAUAAAUCUGGUAAUGGUGGAUUCGAAUCCUGAGCACAGCGUUAGGGACAUGGCUCACACGUUCAUCUGCUACGACAUAAGCGACCACACGAACGACAGACACCACGCGGCCGAGAUAGUCAACCUCCUGAAGCAGCGUGACAUCCAGGUCGACGGCUGCCUCACGUUCUGGGAGGACGCGGUUCCUUUGGCCGCCAUGGUGCGGGAGAUCCUGGGAACGCGAGGCGCCAACGUGGAGGGAGCCCUGAACGCUAAGAAGAAGAGUCGCACACAGUCAACACUGUAUAAGAAGGAUACGCCAAUCCCACACUUGGUGAUGACCUGCCAGUAUUCCUCACCCAGUUUCCUUAUCCGCGAACCCGCCGAUAUCGACGCCGUCUGCAACCAGUUGAGCUACCCACUAAUGCUGAAGUUAGAACACGGAAACAGCGCAAUCGGCGUGUCGCUUGUCUCGAGCGCCGAGGAGCUCCGAAAACAGCAUCGCGCCAUCACCGACUGCCUACGGAAGGAGGCCGACCAUCCGGGGGUAGGACUGGGGCACGGGGCGGAAAUGCUCGUCAUGGAGUACCACGGGGGCUCUGAGCACGACGUAGACAUUGUCAUCUACGGGAACAAGCUCGUUGGAGCGUUCAUUUCCGACAACGGCCCCACUAACUUCCCGUCUUUCACCGAAACUGCUACCACCAUGCCGUCUGUGCUGCCGCCUGACCGCCAGUCCCAGCUGAUUGUUGCCGCCUUUAAGUGCUGCGUCGACGUCGGCCUUUCCGACGGCGUUUUCAAUGUCGAAAUGAAGAUGACGGCUCGUGGACCGAAACUCAUCGAGAUCAACGGCCGGAUGGGUGGUUUCUACCUGCGCAAUUGGAUCCGGCGCCUGCACGGCGUCGACCUCGCCAUGUCCGCAUUCAUGAUCUCGUGCGACAUGAAACCGUACGUGCCAAAGAUCCAGCCGCAUGAGCGCCUCAUGGGCGUUAUGGUACUGCCAUCGCUUCACAGCCAUCUUGUGAACAACAACAACUUUCGGGAACGUAUUCAUAGCCUAAAAGAUAACGGAGAAGUGUUGUUCAAAAUGUUCGAUGACCAGAUCGAGGUUGCAGAACACGAGGAGCCGUACGGACACUUCGGCGUCUGUGGCACCGACCCCGACGUCUGCCGCCAAAAGUUGUUAGCUCUUUGCAACGAGUUGAAGAUUGAAUGCGACACCUACAAGGUCUCCAAUUUUGUUCGCUAUUUCCGGUACUGACCCUAAUUGGACUUGGAUCGUUUGUAGAUUUACUAGGCUUAAUAUCGGGCUAAUGUGUUUGAGAUUAUUAACUAUCAUACAUAAAAGCUGCGGUGUUUUGUGAAAUGGUUUUUGCUGCAUGCAACGUGGACAUUUAUAAUGAAGCACGAAAUUUAGGUAUUUUCUUUGUAUAUGCACAGGUGUAAAUAUGCCGUUAGUUGUAUAAUAGACGAAGUAUUAUACUUA